GUAAAUACCAUGAUUAACAUUAUCAUCGUCGGCGCCGGCCUCAUCGGCCCCCGCCACGCCCAAUCCGUCAUCAACAACCCCUCCACCAAUCUUCUUGCCUUGGUCGACCCCUCUCCAAGCGCUUCAUCCGUGGCUAAAACCCUCAACACGCUCUACUUCCCCUCUUUAUCAGCCCUCCUCUCUUCUGUACCCAACAUCCCGCACCCAGACGCCGCCAUAAUCUGCACCCCCAACCACACGCACGUCCCCGUGGCUCUCGAACUCAUCAGCCACAACAUCCACAUCCUACUCGAGAAGCCCAUCAGCGACACCAUCACCACCGCGCUUCCUUUACUCCAAGCGCACCAGAAGCACCCAGACGUGAAGAUCCUCAUCGGCCAUCAUCGGAGAUUCAACCCCUACAUCACCAAAACAAAGGAAAUUCUCGAGUCCGGAUCUCUGGGCCCCAUCCUCGCUCUAUCAGGCCUAUGGACUCUCCACAAGCCAGCAUCCUACUUCACCGGCGCUACCUCAUGGAGAAGCGACAAGACCAAAGGCGGCGUAUUAAGCAUCAACCUCAUCCACGACGUGGAUCUCCUGCAUUACCUAUUCGGUCCUAUCACGCGCGUCUACGCAGAGAAAACCCUGCCCCAGCGCGGAGGUCCAGAUGGUAAUGCAGACCACACGGCGGAAGAAGGCGCGGCGAUCACAUUCCGAUUUGCCAGUGGGGUGGUGGGUACCUUCGUGGUGAGUGAUUGUGCGCCGUCGCCGUGGAAUUUCGAGGCCGGGACGGGUGAGAAUCCCAUUAUUCCGAAGGUAGGUGGUGAGGGAGGAGGAUUCUAUCGGGUUUUGGGUAGUCGGGGAUCGUUGAGUGUGCCGGAUUUGAAGAGGUGGAGUUAUGAUGGGGUGGAAGGGGAGAAGGGGUGGAGUCAGAAGUUGCAAGUGGAGGAGUUUGCGGUUGAUGAGGGAGUGCCGUUUGAUUUGCAGUUGGAGCAUUUUGUGCAGGUUUUAGAGGGGAGGGAGGCGCCCGGGUGUGAUGCUGUUGAGGGAUUGAGGGCGUUGGUGGUGGUUGAUGCGGUGAAGAGGGCGAUGGAGAGGGAGGAGGUGGUGAAGGUUGAGAGUGUGGAUGAUAUUUUGGCUAGGAAUGAGUAGCUGUUCGGAGGAAGUGAGGUGGAAAGUAGAGAUGUGUUAGCC